AUGGUGAAUGCCGUUAUCACUGCCAGGCUGGACUAUGGGAACUGCCUUCUAUAUGGAGUGUCAAAGGCCUUACUAGACCGGAUUCAAAAAGUCCAGAACACGGCAGCUCGUUUAGUUACAAGAUCAUCGAAACGGGAGCAUAUUACACCAAUCCUAGCUGAUCUUCAUUGGCUACCUGUUUCUUUUCGUCCACAAUAUAAAAUCUUGACAUAUGUCUACCAAUCCUUACACGGGUUGGCUCCAUCGUAUAUCAAAGAUCUUAUAAUGGAAUACAAGCCUACCAGAUCACUGCGAUCUGAGUCAACAUCACGGUUAGUUGUUCCUAAGAUCAGGACGAAGACAUAUGGUGAACGUCGACUUGGUUGGGCAGCAGCAUUUUUGUGGAACGACCUUCCUAAUGAUAUAAAGCAGAAAAGGAUAUUUAUUUCUGAAAGUUUUUUGCAGGUGUAUCUUGGAUUCAUCAUUCUCUUUGUUCUUUUGUCUUUGGCCUCGUUAUCUUUAAGCACGUUACCGAUCUUCCAGAGAAAACUGACGAUUUGCGAAGCACGCGAUUUAUUACUUUACAACCAUAAAUAUGAAGACGAUAUUGAGAAUUUUUUCGCUAAAGUAAAGUGCGACAGCAGUGCAGAAGACGUUUUGAGAUCUAUUUAUUUGAAGUACGGAAACUAUACAGAUGAUGAAACGUUUCAAGAAGAUAUAAAAGAAAAGGAAGCCAGUGGAAUGGGCAAGGAGUAUAUAAAUGAAAUGAAAUUAAAAUGGAAACUUAAGAAAAUAAGCCUACCAAACAAAAGCGCUCGUCUGAAGGUGUUCGACUUGAUAGACCUUAUUGUCUUGGUUGUUUUCGCUGUUGAUCUGAUCCUAAGACUGGUAACUUGUCCAAGCAUUGCUUCGUAUUAUAAGUCAGCGCUGAACGUUAUUGAUACUGUUGUCUUGAUUUGUGGAAUUCUGGGAUAUGUUCUGGAAAAAGUUUUAAUAAACUUUACCUAUGACAGGGGAGAUCUUGAUAUAUUGGUUUAUCUCCAGCAACUUCGCGUGUUCCGUUUGAUUCGAGUUGUACAGAAUGUUGCCGCCAUCAAAGUACUCGCUUUCUGUUUCAAAACCAAUAUUAAGGAAAUACUGAUUCUCAUGUUAUUUUUGUUUGUCGGUGUAAACAUUUUUGCCAAUAUGCUUUUCUUUGUCGAACCAAAAAACAUAUCCAGCAUUCCACAGGCGUGGUGGUGGGGAAUAAUCACCAUGACAACUGUCGGUUAUGGUGACUUGUAUCCGGUCACAUUUUCCGGGCGCAUUAUUGGGAGUUUGUGCGCAGUCAGUGGAGUUAUUGUUCUUGCUUUAAUUAUUCCAAUUUUCGUGAACAAUUUUCUGGCUUUGUAUGAACUUGCGUGCUUGUUGCAGAAAGAAAAGGACAGAAAACCAAAAACAAAAACUUUAAAAAUUAAGGUGGAACCCUCGAAAUUUUAGCAACGACCUUUUAGAAAUGAUUAAGUAUCGCAUAAAAAUGCAUAUUGAAAAAUUGUAUUGCACAUGCUAUACAUUGUACACUUUUGUAGAUAUUUGACCUUUCUUUAUUAAUUGUUAUUAUAUUGAUUGAAUUCUUUUAAUGAAUUUUCCCCGAAUUUUUCAGUACAAAAAUAUCCAGUACAUUAAGCAGCGAUAUACAUGUAUAUACCGGUAUAUAGUUCGCAUCUUGGAAAAUUUUAUUGCAAUUACCAUGUAAACUUAGUAUAUUUUUUUUCUGGAAUGCUUUCUAGCUACCGGGGUAUUUAUUUUUUCAUUUUGUUUGUUUUGAAAUAAAUAUCUCUUUAAACAAGUUAUUACCA